GGCGGAAGUCGCGGGCGAGCGACGAAUAUAGCCUCCGGGAUCACGCCGGAGAAGAGCCUGGGAUCCUGGUCUCAAUUGGGAGGAGGAUCGGAGGCGACAUGGAAACCGUAAUAAAGGUGAUCGCUCACGCGUGUAAGACCUAUCACGGGAAGCAUGCUCCUUCUCAGAAGGAGAUAGCUGCGGUCCUCUCGCUGCUUGAGAGGGAGGUGCUGUUAACAUCGCCCCACGAUAUUUGUGACCACAAUAAUUGGGAUUCGAUUACCGCUGCCUUAUCCCAACGAGCAAUGGUCACUCAGAAAACAGCGGAGUUAAAAACUUGGGGUCUGAUACUGGGGGCGUUGAAAGCGGCCAGAGUUGAGGGAAAGGAAUUGACAGAGGCUCGAUACCUUUUGGGUCUCGGCGGAGGAGGCGAGACACCGGACCCGGUCGGGUCCGAUGGGGGCUUGGGAGCAGUUUCUUGCAGGGGCCGAGAGGAGACGGAGCCGCCAAUGACCGUUGGCGAGAUGGCGCCGGCUGAGCCGACCGCGCUCAGUUCAAAAGAAGACAAACAACAAGAGAGUGGAUGUUCGUUGUCUCGUCCCCCUCCCCCCUAUCCGGACCCCUCAGGCGGAACGUUGUAUCCUUUAUCAGAAUUACGUCAGUGUUACCUGACUCAAGGGGGCGGAGGAAGCUGUGAUCUACAUGGGCAGGAUCAACUUAGUGCCCACAUGGGGAGGGACCAGACAAAAGGUCCGUCCAAUGCGGACAGGGGGCAUAGCCUACCGUCUCUGGUCUCUCCCAGGAGUGAUAGUGUAGAGGAGAAAGAAGGGACUGGCUUUGAGUGCAGGGGGAGGGAUCAAAUGACGGACUGGAAUCGGAUUAGAUCGGAGGCUUUGGGGAAGGGUGUAGUUCCAGAGGCAUUCCGGGUGAUUGUGCAAGUUUUCUACAGAAAUUCUUCGUUGGCAAACCGAAGCCAACUCCAGAACAACUGAGGGACAGACGAUGGGAUCAAGAACCAUUCAUCAAAAGGAGCACUACACCUGCAACGCUGACACUUCCGAUGUUGCCGAUGUUUAUGGUGUCCCUGGCAAUUACAGCGUGUUGCAAACAACUACAAUGGACGCAAGAACAUCUGCAGAAGAUUAAGGAAGAAAGUGAUCCCUUUGGAAACUGGCUGAACAGACUGUUUGGGGGAACGGGUUCAUGGUUAAAGCAAUUGCUUCAGGUUUUCGCAAUAGGGUUUGCAAUCUUUGUGUGUAUUCUAAUCUGUCUUCCACGCUUUGUAGGAUGCUUGUAGAACUGCCUUCAGCGAAUUAUGGAAAAGACUUUUGACUAUCAGAUUGAGUAUCAUAGACUGCGUGAAAAGUUGUAGAAGGGUUUAGGUUGUUGCGUUCAUGCUGUAACGGGGCAAGGCUUGGCCGAGCACGGGAAAGGAUUCCCUGUUGCUCUGAAGUUUGCUUAAGAAUUGUAGAAAGUAGUAGGAAUAGUGUGCUGAAAUAUAUUUAGGAUUAGGCGUUUUGCGCUGCUUCGCGAUGUACGGGUUAGGCGUGUGUGUAAGUAGUAUUUAGCUUAGGGAGGGGGAGAUGUUGUAGUAAGUGUCUUGUGGGGGCACGGGAUGUACGGGACAGGCCUCUCCCUAAGCAUAGAGAGACAGUGCUAUCGUGCUGACCUUGAUGCAGAGAAAACAGGAGAAGAAGAAGAAUGAGAAAAGAAUGUGGAGACGGCCAAAUAGGGCACGGUGUUGUCUGGUAUGAACCAAUCAGGGUGGGACAUGACAGCAUGGUUUUGUAGGUAAAAAUGUAUAUAAGCUGUGUUUAGUAGUGAAUAGAGGCCAUUUUACCGCUCAUCAUAUUGGUGUCACCUCGGUAUAUGGCCAAGCCGCAGGCUCCCCUAAGCAACGAACAUCACGGUUGCCUGCGAAAGGCAACAGAUGACACGUUAGUAGGGUGUUUAAACUUCCCCAGUUUGAACUCACCAGCUCGAUCAGCAGGGAGUCCACAAGAUGUUUGCCAAGUGGCACAAGCGCAGUUCUUUUUCUGGCUUCAGAAUUGCCUUUAAAAAAAGCUUUUUUGUCGGCAGUUUUCGCUUCAGACCCCUUGCCCAGUCAGUCUUACCUGCUGUUAUGGUUUUAUGAUUUUUGGUUAUCGGUAUUCCACAUCAUAACUUCAUAUAGUGCACUGGGAGUUUAAGAGUUAAUGCUCCAGUUCCAGGCACCCGUCUGGAAAAGAACUACUACAUACCCUAGGGGGCUUUGGGGGCAGAGAGGAGAUAUAACCUCUGGUAAGGUCACCUGAUGUCCCUUUUUUCCUUCAGCUCUCCUCCCUGCUGCUCAUCCCAACUGCACGCAUCGCCUCAGCACUACUGUAAGGCCUACAGCUUUCAGAUACUCUUUCUCUCAUUAUAUUUGAUUUAUUUGCUUCAAUUCUAAUUAUAUUGUAUUAUAGUAUUAUUGUAUUAUUAUAGUGUGUUACCUUGCAUUCCAGUACUGUAUUUAGUAAAUUAGUUUGUUUCUCCUC